UGUGCUGUGCUUUUCCAUUGGCUGAGCUCUAUUUUCAUGUUUUUACUGGCAGAAAAAAAAUGAAGGCCCUGCAAACCUCAAAAAAACUGGAACUGUUAAAUAAAAAUAAAAAAUAAUAGUACUUUCUCUUAUACUUAAAAUAGCCCAUUUUAGUGUUUUGAGUCAUUUAAAUAAAUAUUUAAAUUACUGGAUGACAGUAUCCUGACAUUUUAUUCCCAAAUGUGCUUUUAUAUGCAUUCUUAACAUCUUUAUUUCUUUUCCUGGCAUCGCUUAUCGUGCUCCGUGAUUCUCAAAUAGUAUUUUGUGAAAUCCCUUCCUCCCGCCAGCCUUUCAUAACGCCGUGAGGGAGGAACAUAGCCGGGGGAGAUAUUUUGGCACCGUGCUCCAGGAAAUUGGACGCUAGUUCUGGAAAGAGGAACAUAUUGCGCACUUCUGAGCAGACUUCUGCGUUUUCAGUUGCUGGGCAUGUGUUUGUUCUCAGUGCUGUCGUACAUCUUUUCUUUGCUGCAGUGGAUCCGUAACUGAUGAUCGCAAGUUGUGUGAGCGACCUAUUGAUCCUGGACUAACUGCUCUACGACAACAAGUGGAUGUCUUUACUGACACUGGACAGAAUGUCAAGAUAUUUCAAUGUGCUGCUGUCUUUUUGCCUAUUCUACCCCCUUCUGCUGGCUGCAGGGGCAGUCGAAUGUUCGGAGAAGGAAGCGUUGCUCAAACCGAGGUCCCACAAGGUGUUGGCCACACACCUCACCAACUGUUUGGUAGAGUGCACUGGGAUGACUUUCAAGAAACUCCAGCUCCGGAACAACCAUAAUAUAAGGCUUCAAGAUUCCACGGAAGGAGAGCUCGGGGAGUACUGUUGGUCCACGGAGCUCCAGUGCACCAUCGGAGAGAGCUUCCAGCGGGCCUACGUGGUGUUGCCCGUGGAUAUAACUACAGUGGCACACGAGCAGCUGGAAGUCCGAGCCACCGACCAGACCGCCGCCACGCUGCUGCUCGCGCACGACAACCCCACCACGGUGGCAGACACCUGCGGCCUCAGGUACGACGUCACGCCACGCUUCACCACGGAGAGGGCGGGCACGUCGUUCUGCAUACAGGUGGUCGCCCAGGACGACGUGCUCGGGGACAGAGUCCUUCGAUGUCCUCCCUUUCUGGUCACCUUCUGGCAGAGGAGGAACCAAGACCUGGCCAAUCAGGAAGAAGAAUGAAACCUCAGUGAUAGAAGAAGUACCCAGAUCGUGUACUAAAGUAAAAGUACUAAUCCUGUGGUGAUGAAAUACUAGGUUACAAGUAAAAGUCCUGCAAAUGUUAUGUAAGUGAAAUCAGCGUUGGUAAUACACGAGAGGGCAAAAGGGCAAAACUGCCCCUAAGAAAUAUAGUUGUGCCCCUGAUAUCACUAGAGGGGCCAAAGAUAACCCCAUAACUUAGAUAAUUUAAUAGCAUUUUGUUUUUGUUUUAUUUGUCCCGUCUGCAUUGCCUGUAGGCACACACAAAUAUAAUUUAGAAUUAUAAAAAAAGAAUGAAAUAAGUUAUAAUUUUUAAUAGUCAUUAAAAAAAAUUAUGAAUAACAAUAAAAUUGAAUAUUUUCGUCAAUUUUUUUUGUGCUCAUAUACUGUAAGCCUAAAUAUGUAUAAUUAUUAUUUUUUAACAAAGGUUAAAUGUUAUUUCACAAGUUUCAAAAAGUGCCUCGACUUUCUUUUUAAAUGCCCUUGGAUUUCAAAAAUUGCCCCUUAAAAAAUAUGUAAAUGUCUCCCCUGAGUGAAAUAAUCAGGAACAUUGGAAAAUAUUAAGAGAAAAGAGUCUGCUAUAUUUAAAAAGAAAUGCAGCGAGCAGCACUACAUCAUAUAAAUAUAUUAAAGGUACCUGUGCAUUGAUGUGUAAGCAGCAAUUCACUGUUGAACUUUCAUAUACACUGUUUACUUUGAUUUAAGGCGGUCACUUGAUUAUUUUCACUGUGCAUUAUUUUCUCAUUUAAUCGAUUGUUUGGAUUUUAAAACUUCAGAAAAAGGAGAAAUGCUGUGACAAGUUCUCAGGACCCAAAGUGACACUUCCAAUCGUCCACGAUUUAAAAUUAUUCAAAAGGAAAAUGCAGAAACCUUUCACUCGUGAAUCUGGAAUCUUUUUUUCUUUAAUCGUCAUGAAAACUGUCGCCAAUAGAUCGUCCCGGAUUUGUACCAAAGAUUAUAUUUCAUAAUCACUGCCAAUGUUUUUUAUUCAAAACUCUUAAUUUGUAAAGUAACUAAAGCUGUCAAAUACUUGUGGUGGAGUACAAGUACCUCAAAUGUGCAGUAUAGUUGCAGUAAUGUUAUUUAGUAUACAUUCCAUUGUAUAAUCCAUAAGCAUCCCUGACAUCAGUAUUUUGCUUUAACGUGAUAGAUUGUUAAAAUACUUAAAUCUCAUCUGAAUGAGUGGCUCUUGCGUGUAUUAUUACCAUAACCCGCACAAAUAGAUUUCUACAUCUACCAAUCUAGCAUCUUCUCGAGUUGAACUUUCCUCUCUCAGUUCUUCUGUGUGAUGGAUUCAACUUGACUAAAGAUAUUUUCAUUUGACUUCAUCAAUCGUUGAUUAUCUUAUAUAUCCGUGUUGAUGUUGAUUCUUUAUGGAUAUUUAUACUACUCUCUAUGGAUUGACAAACAUUAAUAUACCAAGUUAACUGGAUGUUGUGAACAUGAUACCGUAUGUAUAUCCUUUCUUUGUCAACAUUAGUUAUCUCAUGAUGUGGUUUUCGGUCUUAUAAAGAUAUAAAUUAUCUGUCUUUAGGAUUGAUUUAUGUGACUUUAAACAUGUAUUGUUUUAGUUGUGAAGGUAUAUUAUGGGACUUGAUCAUAGAAGCAGAUUCAGGUGACUUGACGUGUAUGAAUUAAGCUUUGUUAGACUCAAAGAGAUGUUUAUGGAAAAUUUGAAUAACCUUUAUUGGCCGAGUAUGCGCGCACAGACAAGCAACUUAACUUCGAUGUUUUUUGCGUCUCUCUCAGACCGUACUGCUAUCUACACAAUUAAUGAAAAAAAGAUGUAAAUAUUAAUGAUAUUUAAAAAUAUAACAAGCACCAACGAUCAACAAUAAAAUAGAAAAUAAAAUGUCUACGCACAAGUCAAGUUCUCUGUGAGUUGAAGACAAUACAAAUAGUGCAAAGAAAUGAAUAUUGAAUGAAUAUAUAGAUGUGUGCACAUGAGAAGAUGCCUGUAUACUGCAUCUAGAGUGUGUAGGAUUUAUAUUGACGAUGACACAUGAUAUGUAAAUACUCAAAAGAGAUUGUGUAUUAUAAACUGUAAAAUUACGAACUACAUUGGCAGCACUGGAUAUUUUAUUAUUGAUGAUUAUUGAUUGUUGAUGGUCGCCAAAUCUGCAUGACAUCACAAGUGCUCUGCUGGUUUAAAGACAACCGACGUGCUGCAAAAGUUCUCUGUUAAAUGAAGGAUGUAAAUAUGAGAUGUUGAUGGCUAUAUGUGUUGAUGGCAUUAUUAAAUAUUUGUUCCCCCUUU